ACAGUGCUUGGUGACCAGAGAAGAAAAUUGCUGGUUCAAAGGUGCAAAUUGGCAGGUGAAGCUGGUUUGCAGAUCUGGGCUCACUGGCAAAGAUUUGAAAAAUUUGGGUUUUGAUGCAAAAGUGACAAAAACUGCAAAGUCACGUGAGUCAGCUUGGAGACAGCAGUCUGCCAGAAGUUAAGGACCAACUCUUUGACCUCCCUCCCCCUCUCCACUCUCCUGUCCGAACGUGCGGACCGAUCUUCUCCCCCAUUCGACCUGAUCAGCAUGACAAAACACUGGCCGGAGCCGAGCCUCUUGGCACUACCUUCUCUGCCCCACCUCGGAGAGCAUCACGGCCAUCAACUUGACUUCCAUAGAAAUGCGCAGCUGAGUUUUCCUCCCUGUGGAGUAGCGAGGAGCAAUUCAGCUGAGCAUUGGUCUCACCAGCACUCUGCUCAGAUGGUUCCACAGCAGCAGCCGCGCUCGGAGAAGCCUGCAGCGCGCCCUGAGCACCUCACAAGUGGGACGGGAUUCAUGGAUAAAGCUGCAGGGCCGGAGUCCUUGUACCAGAAUCCACAGGAUGUUAACUUUAAGCAGGAAUCUAUAAACCGGGAUUCGUGGAUCGCUGAAGGGGAAAAGAAUGGCACAGGCGCCGGAAAGAAAAAGAACUAUCAACGGUAUCCAAAACCUCCAUACUCGUACCUCGCUAUGAUCGCAAUGGUCAUCCAAAGGUCACCAGAGAAGAAACUAACAUUAUCUGAGAUCCUGAAGGAGAUCAGCACUCUCUUCCCGUUCUUCAAAGGGAACUAUAAGGGCUGGCGAGAUUCUGUGAGACACAACCUAUCCUCAUAUGACUGCUUUGUGAAGGUGCUGAAGGACCCGGGGAAGCCUCAGGGUAAAGGAAACUUCUGGGCCGUGGAGCUGAGCCGAGUUCCUCUUGAGCUUCUAAAGAGGCAAAACACAGCCGUGUCACGUCAGGAUGAGACCAUCUUUGCCCAGGAUCUGGCCCCCUACAUCUUGCAGGGACACAAACCAGAAUCUGAGCCACCUCCUGCCCCUGUCACCACCCUCCCUGCAGUAAGCUCCAGAAACCCCUCCCCACCACAGGAGGAUUUGUUCCGACCCAAGCUGGACUCUUCCUUUGCCAUCGACUCCCUUCUGCACAGCCUCCGGCCUCCUAGCGCCUCUGGUGACAUGGAUGUGUCCUCCAGGGACUGUUGGGGCAAGCACGAUCGCCUCCGUGCUUCACCACCUCCUCAACCUCGCUACGCCUCCUCUGCCCGUAGUGCAUCAGCCAGCUCAGCCAGCCCGGCCUCCACUUCCUCCUCCUCCUCCUCUGAUGAAGAAUGGAAAGGCAUGUCUCUGUCUGGGAAGCGCAUGCCUCUUGAUGGUGAAGCUGGGUCAGAUGGUUACGAAGACUACAGACCUCCUCUUCACAAAUCAGCCCGUCGGGACACUGUUGCACCUCCAUGGGAGCUCCCCACCUCUUACGCCAAAUAUGCUCCCCCUAAUGCCGUUGCACCACCCAGCAUGCGGUUCAACGGAGGCCCUUUGAUGCCCCUACAUGGCGGACUUCCUCUUUACGGAUAUGGUAGCUCUCCUGUAGCACCUGGUCACUUUUUAAGUCAUGCUUAUUGGCCAAUCCUCCCCAACGGACGAGUUUCUGUCCAAGCCCCGCCCCUCAUCAUGGACUUGGACAACAUGCUGCAAUCUGUGCCUCCAAAUAAAAGUGUAUUUGAUGUGUUGGUACCCACGAAUCAGAACUCUCUUUCACAUCAUCAACCACCCAGUCAGUACACAUUGCAGAAUGGACCUCCACUUAACAGGUACCCUCAGUACUGACAAUGAAAAACUGACUUCUAUACUCAAAUUGAGCCAUACUGUCACUCAAAACACACAGAUGCAAAACAAGACUCCACAAGGACAUCCAAUCCCUGUUAAAAAUAAUCCAAUUAGUCUCUACCACUACUCCCAAUUAAGACAAUGUGGACUGUAAACUAUGCAAACUGGUGUGGAAACUUAGAAAAUAACACUGGGGACACUUUUUAGCAGUAUCAGUGUGUGUUUUAAAAGCAAACUCUCAUUUCAUUGGAAAAAAAACUACCUCAUACAGCUAUACAAAGAACAAAUGUCUACCUCAGUCUUUCAAAUGAAAUGAGCAUGUAUUAACACAGGCUUUGCACUGCUGACUGUAUUUGCACUGUUUUCUAUGAGCAUGAAAAUCUGUUGUUUACACACCGACAGCUGAAUGUAAAGUUGGAUUUAAUCUUGAGUUUUACAGUCACAUGACCGACUUAAAGCUCCCAGUUGGACUGUAAGUGUUGCAUACAGAAGUACCUUAUUUUACACUCCAGUGUCCUGCGAAUGUUUAAAACAUAGUGUAAGAUUUUUUAAAGGUAAAUAACUGACUCAGUGUUUGGGCAAACAUAUAUUAUUCUGUGUCAGUGUUUCACUGAUGUGUCUGAUUUAAUGUCUAAGGUCUUAUCUUUGUUUGUUCAGAAUACAGAGUAUACAGGACAAGCUCCUUAGACUGCAUUGCUAAGCAGCUACAGAGGUAUAUGAACAUGAUAUAGAGUAAUACUGCAAUUUUGUAAAAGUCUCCGCUCAUGUUUUCUGUAUUGAUUUAAGAUCUGAUUGGUUUAAGAGAGCAAAAUCUGUGAAAAUGCUGUAUGUUCCCAGACUAGUGGAGACAAUCAAUCAGUACAGCCACCUUUAUCUUCCUCAGGUUUGAAUGGACUUUCCUGUGCCCUGCUAUAAUUUGCACUAUUGAUGUCACUGUGAUGAUCUUAUGAAGGAAAUUGUUUAUAUGUGUCUACCAGCUUCGAUAGGUGAAUGUUAUCUUAGUUGUUUGACUUUUUUUGUGGUCUUGUAAAAUGUUUGUACAGAACUGAGUAAAAGUGAAAGCAGCUCAGAAGUUUCCAAAGGUUUCGAGUUGAUCAGGGUAUGUAAAUAAAGUGCUGUUUAUUUUAA